AUGAGUAAACUUCCAGCUUUGGCAUCUGAUGCCGUCUUGAAGCAAUCUGCGCCAGUUCCCGAGUCCUUCGUUGAGGUCAAGGGUAUCGAUUACAGCAAAGAUGAGGCCUACAACAUGAGGGCUGUUGACUUGAUCAGCUCCAUGAAGACCAUGGGAUUUCAGGCCUCUUCGGUAUCCCAAGCCUGUGACAUUGUAAACGACAUGAGAUCAUGGAGAGGAAAGCACAGGGACGAAUUGCCUGAGCACGAAAUCAAGGGUGAAUUCGACGAGCAAGGGUACCAGAAGACCACCAUUUUCAUGGGGUACACCUCCAACUUGAUCUCUUCGGGUUUGAGAGACACCUUGAGAUACUUGGUGCAGCACAAGAUGGUCAGUGCUAUUGUGGCCUCUGCUGGUGGGAUCGAGGAAGACUUGAUCAAGUGCUUGGCCCCCACCUACAUGGGCGAGUUUGCCUUGCCAGGUAAGGGAUUGAGAGACCAGGGAAUGAACAGAAUCGGGAACUUGUUGGUUCCUAACGACAACUACUGUAAGUUUGAGGAGUGGAUUGUGCCGGUGUUGGACAAGUGCUUGGAGGAGCAGGAGGAGGCCAUGAAGCGGUUGGGUGCCGACGGGUUGAACGCCGACUCCGAAGCUGUGUGGACGCCCUCGCGGUUGAUUGACCGUCUCGGUAAGGAGAUCAACGACGAGUCCUCGGUGUUGUACUGGGCCCACAAGAACAACAUUCCCAUUUUCUGUCCCGCGUUGACCGACGGGUCCAUUGGAGACAUGUUGUUCUUUCACACCUUCAAGGCGUCUCCCCAGCAGUUGCGGUUGGACAUCGUCAGUGACAUCCGUAAGAUCAACUCUAUGUCCAUGGAGGCUUCGCGUGCUGGGAUGUUGAUCUUGGGUGGAGGCUUAAUCAAGCACCACAUCUGUAACGCGUGCUUGAUGAGAAACGGUGCCGACUACGCCGUGUACAUCAACACCGGGCAGGAGUUCGACGGUUCCGAUGCUGGUGCCAGACCUGACGAGGCCAUCAGUUGGGGUAAGAUCAAGGCCGACGCCAAGUCCGUCAAGGUGUAUGCCGAUGUCAGUGUUGUGUUCCCGCUUAUUGUUGCGGCCACAUUUGCUGCCCAAAAACCGAACUAG